AUAAGAUUCAUGACUUCGUGAAUGGCAAAUCGCUUUCGUCGCCCCCUGCGGAAUAGCCAAAUGGCACCUGUGUGAGGCAUACUUGCCAAUGGGAGAAAGCUUGUCAUGGAAAGAAAUGCCAUGAACUGUACUGUCAUUCUGUUUUCUUUUACAAAAAGAGGAGGGGUGCACACACCAACAAGUGAUAUGGUGUGAACCUGGAUAUCAAAUCGCUAUGGCAAGUGGAGGAAAAGAUGACAGAAGCAUGCAUUGCCCCUGGGAUAUGUAGCAGUGUAGCACCACUUCCAUAUAUAUAUGCAUGGGCCAGACAGGAAAGAAAGAAAGAGAAGAUAAGCAGAAACUAGAUAGAUAUCCACUAACUCCAGACGAAGUUCUUUACCUCCAGAUUCUUCACAAAGACACUCCACAAGCCUCAAUUAUUACCCUCCAAAAAAUUCCCUACUCCUUCCUACCUCGUCCUCCUUUAUAAAGGAAACUGCAAACUGGUUCUGAUGCACCAUACAUGAGCUGCAACCUAAAGCAAGAACAGGUUGCAGACAGAACCUAGAGCAAGAGCCAAGAAACACUCGAAUGAUAGGAGAUGGAGCAAGCAGACGAGUCAUCGGUGAACAAGGAGAGCUCAGAGCAGAUUACCAGUGAGCAAGACGAUGGCGCGACAUGGCUGAAUCUCACGCUGGGCGCCAACGGAUCGCCGGAGGCGGCAGCGAGCUGCUCUGGGCCUGAGCUCAAUCCUUCUGCACCACACAAGGUGUUCUCCUGCAACUUCUGCAUGAGGAAGUUCUUCAGCUCGCAGGCGCUGGGCGGGCACCAGAACGCCCACAAGCGGGAGCGCAGCAGCGCGAAACGUUCCUACCACGCGCAGAGGAUGAUCAUGGGGAUGCCACUGGAGGCGCACGCCGCCUUCUUGCACUCCCUGAGAGUCAACCCGAGCUCCGUGAUCCAGAAGUCAAGCCAACAAGCGCAGAGCAGGACGGCAGCAAGGUUCCAUGAAGAUGGCACGACUUGGGUGGCGAUUUCCUGCGAGGAUGCGCCGAAUUCGACAUGGCCUGAGAGUUUCAGAUUAAGUACACAACCUUCAGAGCAAACAUCAGAACAAUGUAAGAUAGACUUGAACCUCAGGCUUUGAUAGGUCGAUGUACCUGCUUUGACCAGUGCAUAAGUUCCUUAAGUUUAUCUGCUGAAUAAACUGGUUUGAAGAUGUCAUCAGGUUCAGCUUCAACUCACCAUAAGAUAAAAAAUCAUAUGGUGGUACUGAAUAUUGGAGAUA